AUGGAAGAAAUUGGGACUUGUAUAGCGACCAAGCUUGCAGAGUGUCUAUGGGAUCCAAUUUCACGUCGCGCUCGUUAUUUGUUUUGCUUCAACCAAUUCAAUGGAGGUUUUGAGAAAGCAAAAGAAGGGCUGGAGGUGACAUUAGCAGACUUGAACAAGCGCAAGGAAGAAGCUGAUCGAAAAAUUGAAGAAAUAAUGCCAUCUGUGAGGAAGUGGUUGGAUGAUGUGAAUGCUAUCCUAGAGGAGGUGCAAAAGCUGCAACAGGAGGUUGAACGAGAAGGAAAGAAAUGUUUUAACAUGUCACUCAAGUAUUCCUUAGCAAAACAAAUGGAUGAUGUGGCUGAGCAAAUGAAGGAACUCAAGAGCAAUUCCCACUUUGAUCCAUUUUCCCAGUCGAUCCCACUUCCUGACAUUACCUACUUCCCUUCCAAAGAGUUUGUGGAUUUCAACUCCAGAAAAUCGACUUAUAAUCAUCUUUUGGAGGCAGUUAAAGAUGGCAAGAACAAGAUGAUUGGACUCUAUGGUAUUGGCGGUUCAGGUAAAACCACUUUGGCAAAAGAAGUAGGCAAGACAAUGCAUGAUUUGAAGCUUUUUGACAAGUUCAUCAUGGUGGUUGUUUCGAAACCUCCAAAUGAAGUAAAAAUUCAGCAAGAAAUAGCAGACCAAAUUGAUUUGAAAUUUGAUGUGGCCACUCAAUCUGUAAGAGCACAAAGGCUAUCAGAAAGAUUGAGAAGUAUGAAAAUUCUUAUAAUCUUGGAUGAUGUGUGGAGUAAUGAUCUAAACUUUCAAGAAAUUGGUAUUCCGAUUAAUGAAAAUUGUUGUGUUUUGUUAACUACUCGUCUUCGAGAUGUUUGUGUCUUUAUGGGUUGUGAGGAAAAUUUUGAAUUGUCUCUCUUGAUAGAGGAGGAAGCAUGGGAUUUGUUAAAGAUGCAUGCAAACUUAACCCAUGACACAUUGAAUGAGUUUGUUGGUGUGGGAAAGAAAAUUGUUGAUGAGUGCAAGGGACUACCUAUUGCAAUUGUGACAGUGGGAAAGGCAUUAAGAGGAAAAGGUAUUCGGGACUGGAAGUUAACACUACGGAGGCUACAACAAUCCCUACCAUUGGAUAUUGAUGAGAGUUUAAGGGGCCCUUAUGCAUGUCUCAAAUUGAGUUAUGAUUAUUUGCCAAGUCUAGCAAAGCACCUCUUCCUAUUGUGCUCUAUGUUUCCUGAGGAUCAUCAAAUUCAUAGAGAGGAUCUUGUUCGAUUUGCCAAACGGACUUUGGAAGUUGAGGGGAUUGUUUACACGAUGGAGGAUGCAAGGAGGGAGAUUUUAGUAACCAUUGACAGGCUAUUAGAUUCUUGUUUAUUAAUGCAUACAAAUGAGCAAGCAUGUGUAAAAAUGCAUGACUUAGUUCGGGAUGUAGCUUUGUGGAUUGCGAGGGAGCAACAUCAAGCAAUUUUGGUGGAUAGCAAUGCGUCUAAUCAAUUGCAUUGUCCAACACUUGAGGUUCUGCUACUUCAUCCCAAAGGGUUCAUUGAAGAUCUUGGAGGGAUUGAAGCGCUCAAAAUCUUGGUCCUUGCAAGAUCUAGCUUUCAAUGGAAAGGACUUGGUUGGCGUACACAAAUUCAAUGGUCAAUGCCGCAAUCAAUUGUGUCAUCAUUAAUUAAUCUUCAUACCUUAUGCUUCAGAGGAAUUGCAUUGGAUGACAUCUCUUUUCUAGGUCAACUCAAAGGAUUAGAGAUUCUUGACUUGCGUGGUUCUCAAUUUGGUGAAUUACCUAUUGGAAUUGUAGGUAUGAAAAAAUUGAAGCUGCUGGAUGUGUUUGGGUGUGAAAUUGAAAAAAGUCCUCUUGGAAUUAUUGGAAAAUGUGAGCAACUUGAGGAAUUAUACUUUUGGGAAAAGAAAUCUGCCAUAUCAGAAAAUUUCUCUCUUUCGAGGUUGAAGAGGUACGUUAUCUAUGACACCACAUCAUUGAAUAUUUCUAGUUAUGAAGAUCCUCCUUUUGUAGAAUAUUUUGAUGCUCAUUGCAUUGAAGAACUGAGAGCUUUAUGCAUACAAGGCUUCAAAGCCUCUGUUUCGAAUUCGUCAAUGAAAGAUCUCAUUCUUGGAGCAAACUGUGUUUGGUUAGACAAUUGUAGGUGGGAUCUUAAUGAUAUAAAUUUUGAAAUAAAGCACUUAGCAAUUUCACGCUGUCUGGAGAAGAUAUUCAUAGCUGAUAACAUGAGCGCCAACAUUCUUCAAACAGGACAAGUGUUCUCCCACCUGAUUAGUUUAAGAUUGAUAAAAAUGGAUAGUCUUGAACAAGUGUUCCAAGAUUCAUCGAUCACAUGUUCUCUCCCGAUGUUACAAGAGCUGUUUCUAGAGAGCUGUCCAGAAUUGGGAACCUGCAUCUUCACCCAUGCCACUGUUACAAGCCUACCGAAGUUGAGGAAACUUGAGAUUGAGGAUUGCGACAAAUUGAAAUGGCUAUUCUCUUAUUCUCUAGCUUCUCAGUGUCCUUCGCUAGAGGAAUUGCUAAUAAAGGAUUGUCCUAAACUUGAGAGGCUCACUGAUGAAGAAGAUGCGCAUGGUGAUCGUCUACUGCAUCAAAGGGAGCCCCUUCAAGACUACCCAUACCCACAGGGGAAUCAGACUACGGUCACUACUGCAGAAAGCUCCCACCAUUCACGAAAUCAGAAACUCUGGACCCCUUUUCUUAUUAGUCUGAAACAUGUACGUAUUAUCAACAGUGGAAUGAAAGUUACUGUGUUUGAGGUUCUGCAAGUCACAGGAACAGAAUCUAUUGAGGCAAGAGACGAACCUUUGACAUUGAAUUCAGAGCUGCGUUCUUUAUAUUUAUAUAAUCUAAAACAGUUGGAAUACAUUUGGAAGGGCCCCAUACAAAGUGUGAGCCUCUAUAGACUUGAAAGUAUUGUAUUGCGGGAAUGCUCAAAGUUGAGGAAUAUUUUCACUCUUGCAAUUGUCACAAGCCUUCCAGAGUUGAAGAGAUUAGAAGUAGGUUCUUGUGAGAAAUGGGAGGGAAUAUUUUGUGAAGAAUCACUUGAAAAUCUUUCUUCUUCUUCUAAUGUUUGCUUUCCCAAACUUGAGAGUAUUGAGAUAUGGGGAAGCAGUAAAAUGAAAAGGGUGUUCUUAUAUUCUAUGGCUUAUCGUCAUUGUCCUUCACUAGAGAGGCUGCAGAUAAAGGAUUGCUCUGAACUGGAAAGAGUUGUUGAUGAAGAAGCAGCACAUGAUGGGGAUUGGCGGCUACCUCUUCUCAAACUGAAGGAAUUAGAUCUACAAGGGGUGCCGAAGUUGAGAGAGAUAUUUGGAGGAGCAUUAUUGGAGUGUCCGCAACACGUAAGUAUUUUCCACAAAUAA